AAACACAAACAAACCCUAAUACACACUCUUCGGAGCGCAGCCAAAAGACUCGUCCAAACAUGGCAGAGCGCGGAGCUGGCGGUGAACGCGGCGGAUUCGGCCGUGGAUUCGGUGGUCGCGGUCGCGGUGGUGACAGAGGCCGCGGUGGUCGUCGCAGAGGUGGUGGCCGCAGGGAGGAGGAAGAGAAAUGGGUUCCAGUGACGAAACUAGGACGCUUAGUAAAAGACUCAAAAAUCCAGAGCCUCGAACAAAUCUACCUUCAUUCCCUCCCAAUCAAGGAGCACCAAAUCGUAGACCAAUUGGUCGGACCUUCUCUUAAAGAUGAGGUGAUGAAGAUUAUGCCGGUUCAGAAGCAGACACGUGCCGGUCAGAGAACAAGGUUCAAGGCAUUUGUGGUCGUUGGUGAUGGAAAUGGACACGUUGGAUUGGGAGUGAAGUGCAGCAAGGAGGUGGCUACUGCUAUCCGUGGCGCCAUCAUUCUGGCGAAGCUUUCGGUUAUUCCGGUGAGGAGAGGAUACUGGGGAAACAAGAUUGGGAAGCCUCACACUGUUCCUUGCAAGGUUACAGGGAAGUGUGGUUCUGUCACUGUUAGGAUGGUGCCUGCACCUCGUGGUUCUGGAAUUGUCGCAGCUAGGGUUCCUAAGAAGGUUCUGCAGUUUGCUGGUAUUGAAGAUGUGUUUACUUCAUCAAGAGGAUCCACUAAGACACUUGGAAAUUUUGUCAAGGCUACUUUUGAGUGUUUGUUGAAGACCUAUGGAUUCCUGACACCCGAUUUCUGGAGAGAAACUCGCUUCUCUAAGUCUCCAUUCCAAGAGUACACAGAUUUUCUAGCCAAGCCGACCACAAAGACCCUCAUCCUCGAGGAAGAGAGAGUUGAUGCUUAAGCCAAGUCUUAGUUUUUUGCUUUUUAAAAUGUUAUAAUUGUGAUGACUGUUCUUUAAGCCUCAUUAGUAAUUUACAUGUCUUUGCUGUAUUUUACUUUUUGGAGUUGACGUAUGAAUUUUACAUCUCCUGGAUUUUGUUAUCAAGUUUUGUUGAUUUUAUAUUAUGCGAGUUUUCAAAA